AUGGCGACGGUAGGCUCUAUUCAGGAAUUUGACACUUCAAAUCCAAAUUCAUUCGAGUUAUAUGCUGAUCAAAUUACUUACUUUUUGGAAGCUAAUUCUAUCGUAGAUGAUAAAAUAUUUCGACGUUUCAAGUUUCAUAAAAGAUUUCAAUCAAAGUUAGAAUCUGUGAAUGCUUACGUUACUGAGUUAAGAAAGCUGGCCGAAGAUUGUAAUUUCGGAGAAACUUUGUCAGAACGUUUACGAGAUCAAUUAGUCUGCGGUAUUCGUGAUGAAGAGGUUCAAAGAAGAUUGUUGGCUGAAUCCAAAUUAACUCUUGAAAAUGCCAUUUCUGUUGCAGUAGCAUCUGAGGUUGCGGCUUCCCAAUCAAAGCAUAUUCAUACCCAAAAUUCUUCUUAUUCUGAGAAUUCGGAUGUAGUUGAUUUUGUACGUGGUAGGAACAAUAGAAAUAAUGCGCGAUUUAGUAAACUAAAUUCUAAUGUUUCAGGUAGUAGCAAAUCGCAAAUUCAAAAUUCUAAAGUGUGUUUCGGUUGCGGUGGUAAACAUGAACGUUCAACGUGCAAAUUCAAAAAUGCAAUAUGCCAUUCUUGUGGUCUUAAGGGUCACAUUGUAAAAGUUUGUCGGAAGAAAAAUAAAUUUGAAAAACAGCGUGCAAAUGAAAUAGAAGUUCAACAGAAAUAUUUGAAUGUUUUAAGUUCUCAAUCUCCGUUUAAGAAAAACGUUAUUGUUGAGGUUGAUAAGGAAAAAUUAGAAAUGGAAAUUGAUUCGGGUUCAUAUUAUUCGAUUAUUUCUUUGCAAACGUUGAAUAAAGUUUUCCGUUCUAAGAAACCCGCGAUCGAAAAAACUUUAAUUAAACUGCGCGACUUUUCUAAAAAUGGGAUUUCACUAGCUGGCGUAUGUAAGGUUCAAGUUGUGCAUAACCUUUUCAAAUCUAAGUUAGAAUUGUUAAUUUCAAAUAAUCACUGUACGAAUAUUUUGGGGUAUUCUUGGUUUGAACCUUUAGGAAUUUCAAUAACAGGAGUAAACGAAAUUAGAACUGGAAUUAUCGAAAAAGUUCUUAAAAAUUACGAUGAUAUUUUUGAUAACAAAUUGGGUUCGUAUACGGGUAAUCCAGUAUCGCUUCCUAUAAAUUCGGAUAUGGCGCCUGUUAGAUGUAAAGCAAGAAGCGUGCCUUUGGCAAUGAGGCCCAAAAUUGAAGCCGCCCUAGCAAAACUUCAAAGUGAAGGAGUUAUUGAGGAAAUUUCAAAUCCAAAAUGGUCAACACCGGUUGUUCCAGUGAUUAAACCGUCAGGUGAAGUACGUUUGUGCGGUGAUUAUAAAAUCACGUUAAACAAAGCAAUGAACGCACAUCCUUAUCCAAUUCCCGCGGUAAAUCAUCUUCUUUCUAAUCUUAAAGGAGGAGGUUAUUAUGCUAAGAUAGAUUUGGCUCAAGCAUAUUUACAAUUACCGGUUGAUGAUGCUUCCGCUGAAGCUCAGACUAUCAUCACGCAUAAGGGUGCGUAUAAGGUAAAAAGACUUCAAUUCGGAAUUAACGUAGCCCCAGGAAUAUUUCAAAAUUUAAUCGAAGAUUUGUUUCGAAAUUUAGAAGGGGUUGUUCCAUAUUUUGAUGAUGUACUCGUCAGAAGAAGUUCGGAAGAAGAGUUAGCCGCUCGUUUGGAACAAGUACUAGAUCGUUUGAGAAAAGCGGGACUUAAAGCAAACGGGAGCAAAUGCUUAUUUGGGGUAACGGAAGUAGAUUUUUUGGGCUACCGUAUCGAUGCGAAGGGUAUCCACCCCUCCAAAAGUAAAGUAGAAGCGAUUCAUGCUUUUCCGGUACCUAAAAAUAAAGUUCAGUUACAAGCGUUUUUGGGUUUGAUAAACUUUUAUAAUAGUUUUCUAAAGGGCAAAGCUACGAAAGCUGAAGUAUUACAUAGGCUUCUAGAUAGGGAUUCAGUGUGGAAAUGGUCUAAAGUCCACGAUGAAGCUUUUCGAUAUUUAAAAGAAUUGUUCAGUUCCGAAGCGGUUUUGGUUCCGUUCGAUGAAAAAUUACCGAUAACUUUAGCUUGCGAUGCAUCUCCGUUUGGCGUAGGAGCUGUCUUAAGUCAUGUUCUUGAAAAUGGUUGCGAAGCACCAAUAGCUUUCGCAUCGCGUACGCUCGCGUCGACAGAAAGAAAUUACACGCAAAUGGACAAAGAGGCGUUGGCAAUUGUGUUCGGUAUAAAAAAAAUUUCAUCAUUUUGUUUAUGGACAUAA